AAACUCACAGUUGAGCAAAAAAAGUUGGUGGUUGGUAGCCCAUCAUCAGCUGCUGCCGCGGCUGCUGCUGCGGAGCAUUAACAUUGUUGGAUACUUUUGGAACUGAUUCUUCAAUUACCCAAAUCUAACCUCUCAAGUCUCACCCAAUAACUAAAAGGUGUGUUUCUAUUAUCUGUCCAAUCUCUGCUUAUAAUUAUUUUCCAAAUCGAAAACCUAUUUCCCCAAUAUCCCCAAAUUUCAUGCUUGAUUUGAUAAUUCUAUUUCUCUAUAUCGAAAAUGUUUGUUGGGUUGGGUACUGUUUCUUUUUCUACGAACACAAUGUCAAAAUAAAUAUAUAUAAAAAAAAUAUUACAAAAAGGGUUGGUGUAGUUUUUGGCAGGGUGCUAGAGACGUUGAAUCAAUUGGGCGUUGAAGAUGCAUCCUCCAUUAACGCUACACAAGCACCCCAUGUGUGCAGAAAUCAUCGAGGAUUUUCAGAAGUGUCAUGUAGAUCAUCCUAUUGGCAAAUUCUUUGGCGAAUGUACAGAUCUCAAAAUAAAGCUUGACCGUUGUUUUCGGCAGGAAAAAGCUGUGAAGAGGAAGGUAAACUUUGAAGAGAGUAAGAAACUGAAGGAAAGGCUACAAGCUUUGAGGAAGGAAACUGCUGAGAUAAGCACUGAGAAUCCUGUGCAAGCUUAAUGGAAAGCUGAGGCAUUCUUUUAUGGAUGAAAAAAGGCCUAAUAUCAGAACUCCCAAUAUUUAAUACAGAUGGAAUAUAAUGCCCUAUCUUGCUACCACAGAUUAGUGACCAGAUGGGAUACAAGUCGAUGCCAUAUUGCCGAUGGCAUUGUCCUCUAUUCGCUUUCAUUUCAUUGAACUUCAGUUACAAUAGUUUCUUCAGUUGCAGGAAUUAGUACUAAGACAACAGAUGUGCAAGAGGGUGUUUCGAAAAAAGAAAAAGUUCAAAAAUUUGAGGAAUGUUUUUCCAAGAGAGAUGGCUCCAACAUAUGAUUCAUUUUCAAUAUAAAUUUCAGUGGAACUGCGGUUUAUAAUUA